CUCGUGAAAAUGUUUAAGAUAAAAGCAAUUUUUAAAUUCAGCACUUUGUGCUCAUUCAUCCCUUCUGCCGCAUUAUUAAAGUCCACGUGACGUUUUGUUUACAAUUUAUACGUAACCAUUGUGUUGGCAUUCCUUUGUUGGCUAAAGUGUCCUUUUUUGUUUAACGAAAUUACAUUUACUUUAUAACUGGCUUUUUUUCUUUAAAAAAAUGUGAUAAUAAUGUCUCAAGCUCAAUUUGUAGAAAUUGCUAAUCCAUUAGGGUUUACAAAUGAAACUGCUCAAUUAAUUAGCGGUUUAGGAUGCACUAACCUAAAACAAUUUAAAAAGAAGGACAUUAAUUUAGAUGAUCUACAAUAUUUGACUAAAGAAGAUUUAGAAGUGUUAGAAGUUGGAGAUACUUUUGAUUAUGAGUCAUUUGAAAAGCUGAAAAAAAGUUUGCAAAGGAAAUACGACAAAAUAGUUAAGGGUCCAUGCAUUGAUGACAUAAUCAAAAUCUUGAAGAGUACAAGGAAGCAAAUUGAAAUAGUAAAUUAUUUCAUGAAAUAUGUGGAAAUAAAGUUGAAAGAGAAUAGACAAGAUGUCUUUAUUGACAGAAAUCAAAAUAAGAAAGCUUCUGAAGUUAUUAUAGAAGCCUGCGAUAAUGUACUUAUAGAAGUAAAGGAAUUCAGAACACUUCUAUCUUCUCUUGAUAGAUUAGAGCGAUACAGACAAGACAAUGAAAGUUUCUUUUUUACAGAGAAUACAAAAAGUAUUCUAGCUAUCACUAGUGGCAUAGGUGUAAUAGGAGCAAGUUUAUUUAUAAUAUACAAAUUAUUGUAAAACUACUUAAGAUUAUAAAAUAAUAGACCAUAGAAUAAACUUUUUA